AUGGCUAUGCUUGUUCUCUGUGUUCUGGUCUGUCACGUGACAGCCUGGAUAAACCAGUUCGACGAACCAUUCACCUUCACCUGCCCAGCUGAAACCUCACUGAUCCACGUCGUCAGUAGCCAUGACAACUAUCAUCAAGACAGAGUGUGGGAGUUCUCCUGUAGGGCCCCGCCCCACCACGAUGCCAAGAUGAUCAACUGUGAGUGGACAGGUAAAUACCAAAAUGAAUUUGAUCAACCCUUGACCUUCCAAUGUGCACGUGAUGGCCUCAUUGCGGGAAUCAGUAGUGUCCGUAACGACUAUCAUGAAGACCGUCGUUUCAAGUUCUACUGCUGCGAAGUACCAGGCUACAUCCCUGGGUCCUGCUACUUCACGCCCUACGUCAACAACCUCAACGAACACAUGGACUACGUUGUGCCUGGCGGUAAAGUCAUGCGCGGCAUUGACAGCUACCAUGACAACCAUAAGGAGGACCGCCGUUUCAAGUUUGAGAUAUGUGGCCUUGUUGCACAUGACUCAACAAUCCUUGGAUAG